AUGAAGACUGAUUUUCAGUUCUCCAAUUUGCUCGGGACCGUGUACAGCAGAGGCAACCUUCUAUUCACACCGGACGGAACAUGUCUUCUCUCGCCGGUCGGAAACCGGGUGUCAAUAUUUGACCUCGUCAACUCAAAGUCAUACACGCUCCCAUUCGCACAUCGACGGAACAUUGCUCGAUUAGCGCUGAAUCCAAGAGGAAAUCUACUGCUCUCCGUAGACGAAGACGGUCGCGCGAUCCUCACGAAUAUACCCCGUCGUAUCGCGCUCUACAAUUUUUCCCUCCGCGGCGAGGUCAGCGCCCUUGCCUUUGCGCCCGACGGCCGACACUUCGCAGCGGGCAUUGGCAGGCAAAUCGAAGUCUGGCAUACGCCGUCGACACCGGACGUAGCAGACGGAGACCUCGAGUUCGCGCCCUUCGUGAGGCACCGACUGUAUACUGGCCAUUUCGACACGGUACAGAGCAUAGAAUGGUCGACCGAUUCACGCUUCUUCAUCAGCGCGUCGAAAGAUCUGACCACGCGGAUAUGGAGCAUGGACCCGGAAGAGGGCUUCGUGCCUACAACUCUAUCAGGUCACAGGCAAGCAGUCCUUGGGGCCUGGUUUUCGAAGGAUCAGGAAACAAUAUACACCGUCAGUAAAGAUGGAGCGCUGUUCGUUUGGAGAUACAUGCUGCGGUAUGAUGCACCAGAAGAUGCCGAGGAAAUCGACGAGAACAUGCAGUGGGGGAUUGCAGAAAAGCACUUCUUCAUGCAGAACAACGCACACGUCACAUGCGCGAACUUCCACGCCGAAUCAAACUUACUUGUCACCGGCUUCUCCCACGGCAUCUUCUUCAUCCACGAACUGCCGGACUUCAGCCAAAUACAGAAUCUCAGCAUCUCACAGAAUGACAUCGAUUACGUCGCAAUAAACAAGACUGGAGAAUGGCUCGCAUUCGGGGCAUCGAAGCUGGGGCAACUACUUGUCUGGGAGUGGCAAUCUGAGUCUUACAUCCUCAAGCAGCAGGGACAUUUCGACUCAAUGAACACCAUAGCCUACUCGCCCGAAGGCCAGCGCAUCAUUACCGCUGCUGACGAUGGCAAAAUCAAGGUCUGGGAUGUCAACUCUGGAUUCUGUGUUGUUACAUUUACAGAGCACCUGAGCGCGGUUGCAGCAUGUGAAUUCGCGAAAAGAGGCAACGUCUUGUUUACAGCUAGCCUUGACGGGUCAGUAAGAGCGUGGGACCUGAUAAGAUAUCGCAACUUCCGGACUUUUACAGCUCCAUCAAGGAUACAAUUCACUUCGCUAGCAGUCGACCCUAGCGGCGAAGUUGUGUGCGCCGGGUCGCUCGACUCUUUUGAUAUCCACAUUUGGUCCGUACAAACGGGUCAGCUGUUGGACAGACUAUCAGGCCAUGAGGGUCCUGUUAUGUCAUUAGCUUUUGCGCCCGACGGAGGCACAUUGGUUAGCGGAAGCUGGGACCGCACCGUUCGUCUCUGGAACAUUUUCGCUCGUACCCAAACGAGCGAGCCGCUGCAACUCAUGGCUGAUGUCGUCUGCGUUGCAGUGCGGCCCGAUUCGAGACAAAUUGCUGUCACAACGUUGGAUGGUCAGUUGACGUUCUGGUCCGUAUCGGAAGCUACCCAGCAAGGUGGCGUAGACGCUCGACGCGAUGUAUCCGGAGGACGCAAAAUGACCGACCGACGGACUGCCGCCAAUGUCGCAGGGACCAAGAGCUUCGAUGCUGUGAGGUACAGUGCUGAUGGCACUUGUGUGCUUGCCGGUGGGAAAAGCAAGUACAUUUGUCUAUACGACGUUCAGUCAGGUGUUCUGAUCAAGAAGUUCACCGUGUCGAUGAACUUAUCGCUUGAUGGGACGCAGGAGUUCCUCAACAGCAGACUUCUCACUGACGCGGGACCGAGGGGAGAAAUCGACGAAACUGGCGAAGCAUCUGAUUUGGAGGAUAGAAGAGAUCAUACACUUCCAGGUGCUCAACGCGGGGAAGGCGCACGAAAAACAAGACCAGCAGUUCGUGUGCCUGCCGUAGCGUUUUCGCCUACUGGACGAGCAUUCUGCGCAGCAUCGACGGAGGGGCUCCUCAUCUACUCGCUAGACACUACCUUCCAGUUCGAUCCGUUCGAUCUCGAUAUUACAGUAACACCCUCAACGACGCUCUCCACUCUUGCUCAAAAGGAGUAUUUGAAAGCGCUUGUCAUGGCUUUCCGUCUGAACGAGCGCAAUCUCGUCCGUCGUGUGUACGAAGCGACUCCCGUCACUGACAUUCCACUCGUCGUUAAAGAGAUGCCGAGUGUCUAUCUUGGUCGAUUACUUCGCUUCGUAGCGCUACAGGCCGACGAAUCACCGCACCUCGAAUUUAAUUUGAUGUGGAUAGAAGCAUUGCUGAGCAAGCAUGGGCGUUGGUUGAAAGACAAUAGAGGAGGUAUGGAAGGAGAAUUAAGGAGCGUGGAGAAAGCGGUGAGAAGGAUACAGGCUGAGUUGGCGAGGCUAGCGGACGAAAACAUCUACCGCAUUGAAUAUUUGCUUGCGCAACCUGUCGAGAAGAAAGAGAAGACACUACAGCUUGACUUCGGAGUGAAAGAGAUGGAAGACGGAGCAGAUGCAAUGAUGGCCGAUGGUGAAGAUGAAGAUGAGGGUGCCUGGAUGGGUUUCGACUAA